GCCAGAGAACACGCUGGCCGGCGCCUACGUUUGGGGAGGAGGAUUCUUAAACCACUGACACUGAGCAAAUUAGCAAUGGCGGUUCUGGGUUUUGGGAUAGAGGAUAGUUCGGGCAAUUCUCGUUUUAGGCGUGAAGCGAAAAGGAAACGACGCCGUUUACUGGGAAAAAAGAGGCCAUUCAUUCUAAAACCCUUCUGAUGGGGAAGUUGGGAAAAAGCAGCAAACUUGUUUCGUGAGCGGCUUCCCAAGUUCACGACUUUCGUCUCAAUCUCUGUCGUAAAACCAGGGAUCAAAUCAGCCAGGGAUUCCCGCGUAAAACCCAGGAGUUCAAGAAAGGGAUUUUGCUCUGCAUCAUUCUGAAGUAGGGAUCUAAUAACCAUCAAGAGCCAAUGGAGGAAGGCAACACGAUUGCCAAGAGAGCUGGUUCUCGUCUUUGUUGUCUUUGCAAUGAAAGAAAGCCUGCUCUUAAAAGACCUAAGACGCUAGAACAGAUAUGCAGGGACUGUUUCUAUAAUGUAUUUGAGGAAGAAAUACACCAAGUAAUAGUGGGAAACCAUCUAUUUAAGGCCGGAGAGCGUGUUGCUAUUGGUGCUUCCGGUGGAAAAGACUCCACAGUUCUCGCCUAUGUAAUGUCAGAACUAAAUCGCAGGCAUAAUUAUGGCUUAGAUUUGUUCCUCUUGUCAGUUGAUGAAGGCAUCACAGGGUAUAGGGACGACUCUCUUGAGACUGUCAAAAGAAAUGAAGUCCAGUAUGGUCUACCAUUAAAGAUAGUCUCGUACAAGGAUUUAUAUGGAUGGACAAUGGAUGAGAUAGUGAAGGUGAUUGGUCUGAAGAAUAACUGCACAUUUUGUGGUGUUUUCCGGCGUCAGGCACUUGAUCGAGGAGCGGCAUAUCUAAAAGUAGACAAGCUUGUAACCGGCCAUAAUGCAGAUGAUAUUGCCGAGACAGUGCUUCUGAACAUACUACGCGGUGACGUUGCUAGAUUGAGUAGAUGCACUUCAAUCACUACAGGGGAAGAUGGACCGAUUCCAAGAUGCAAGCCAUUUAAGUACACUUACGAAAAGGAGAUUGUCAUAUAUCCUUGCAGCUAAGAUGCUAUGUUAUGUGAAACUUUUGUUGCUUGCUUCCUGUUGGUUAGCAAUUUUGUCACCGAACUAGCUUAUACGUAUGACAUUGGACACUUAGCUUGGUCUUGAGACAAAUAAAGCACUAAAUUUGUUGUAUCGAAUCAUUGUUAGUACUUUUGUUUCCUCCAUCAGUUUUUGCUGUUGUACUACUUAUGUAGCAGCCCCUGCACUCCAAUAGAAAGGGUCAGUAACAAUUCUAUUAAAAACUAAUGGAAGUAGAACAGGGUAAACAAAAAUGCUAAUGCUGACUUAUUAGGCUGUGUUUGAUCUUUAGGUCACUGCCCAAUAGGAUAUGUGCAGGCAAGUGUAGUGACCCUAUUUGUACUUAUUCAUGCUUGCUGCUGUAUUGUUACUGGAAGUGUCAAUUGUGAUUGCAAAAUCUUUAACCAGAACCACACGUAUGCUUAUUUCAAGAAGCUGGACUACUUCUCUACCGAAUGCAUUUACUCUCCCAAUGCUUAUCGGGGUUUUGCUCGUGAAUUCAUCAAGGACUUGGAAAGAAUGAGACCUAGGGCCAUAGUCGAUAUCAUCAAGUCUGGAGAGAACUUCAGAAUCUCGACUUCCACGAAAAUGCCUGAGCAGGGGACUUGUGAAAGAUGUGGUUAUAUAUCAAGCCAGAAAUGGUGCAAAGCCUGUGUUCUGCUCGAGGGACUGAACCGUGGUCUACCAAAGCUGGGAAUUGGGCGAAGUCGGUUCCUGGAGAAUAGUAAUGACAACAGGAAAGAGGCGAAGCGAAAUGACGGUGAUAGGAGUAUUGAGAGCAAGCAAUGUGGCAGCUUGGACUUCUGAUCCAGGCAGUCAAGCUGAGCUACAAAUUUGCUGAAUGCUAAUUUAGUUGGGGACAUGACAUAUAUGUAUCUGUAUCUCCAGCCUCUGCAGCUACUGAUGCAUUGAUUGAUGGUGGCCAAUGCUUCAUUGUACAAUCCCAACAUUACACUUGUCUUUACUUAAAUGGACUAGUUUGGUAAGUCUAGACGUAGGAGAGUUAUGGUUGACGAUGUGAUAUAGCAAAAUUGAGAUUAGAAAUAUUGUUCCACACUAUAUUGGGUUAGCUGACGGCGCCUAAUAGGCUGGCUGGUGGAAAGUUAGCCAGAAUUCUAAGGCUGGUUGGUCCUGGACCUGCCAGACUUAUUUCGGUCCUUUCUUGUUCACUUCACAUUUCUUUCUUCUCCUCUUUUAUGAUUUUUUUUCCCCGGACAAACUUCUAAUUAGGGUGUUUAGAUCGAUUAUGUGAGGGAGUUUACAUUUUUUUUUUU